AUGUUUUUGGCUAUCGUUAUCCUCUCACUCUCAAUACAAUGGGGACAAUGUGAUAAAGUUUCACCCAAACCAGGCUUGAAAAUUUUCAGAGAGGAUUAUAAAAGCGUUGAGGAGACUUGCUUUGCCGUUGGAUUCGUGAGAAAAAAUUGUAGAAAUGAAACGAACACUGAUGAUCGGUUUUAUGCCUUUGAUGCGCGAGUGGGAACAUCAAUUAAAAAUCUUGGUGUAAACGGACGAGUUGUAUUUAAUACAGUUGUUUCAAACCAUGGAUUAGGAUAUAACGCGUCUUCCGGAAUCUUCACAGCCUAUAGAAGUGGAAUAUACGUGUUCGACUGGACAAUUCUUCCAUGGCAAGGAUCAAAUGCACACACUGCAAUCACUUUGAACGACAAGUUUCAGUCAUGGAGUUACUGCGAUUCUGGAAAAUCCGGUAUUUUGCAAUCGUGUAGCAAAAUGGCGGUACUAAAGCUACAACGUGGGGAUAAAGUCUGGAUUGCAGUUUUCAGAGGACAAGCUGUCAUUCACUCAACUUUCUCGUCUUUUUCUGGCUAUAAACUGUAA